CUUUAAUUGAGAUUUAAUUGUCAUCGGAUUAAAAACUAGAUUAUCCCUCGAUUGUUUACAAUUGUGUUUAAUUGUUAAGCCAGUAACCAUAUUAAACAGUUUCUCGGUCUCUAGUUACCUCAUAACUGAGGGAAUAGUUAUUCGGAUAACUAGAAACUGAACCGAGAGAGUGUGUGUGUAGAGGACCAUUUUUCUCUUUACUCAUUCUUUUUUUUUCAUUCUCUUAGUAGUAGUGUCUCUCCUUUUUUUUUCUCAGUCUUUCACCUCUCUCCUUUUCAUCAUCAUCAUCAUCACCAUCACCAUCUCUUCUUUUUUUUCUUCUUUUUUUUCUUAUAUUCUCUUUUUUCUCUUCCUCUGUGUGUGUCUAUUUCUCUUGCCUUCUUUUUUUUCCUCCUCUUCUUCUUCUUCUUCUCUCACGGAUUCACAUACAUUAUUGUUACUAGUGUACAAUGGGACAAGAUGGAGAAGCUCAAAAAAAUAAUAGUCAAGAAGAGGAAGAAAUACCUGAAGUAGACAUUCAUAUAACCAAUGUUGUUUGUAAUUUUAAAACUCGUUGUCAUCUUAAUCUCAGGCAAAUCGCCACAAACGGAGCAAAUGUUGUCUAUAAAAGAGAACAAGGAAUGGUCUUGAUGAAACUAAGAGACCCAGCAGUAACUGCCAGUAUAUGGUCAUCAGGAAAGAUAACUGUGACAGGAGCUACCUCUGAUGAAGAAGCCAAAAAAGGAGCAAGAAGAGUUGCCCGUGUUUUACAAAAUUUAGGAUUCAAAGUAAAAUUCUCAGCUUACCGCGUUGUCAAUGUACUCGGUACUGUCUUAUUACCUUUUGGAAUCAAGAUAUCUCAAUUCACCGAACAAAAUAGAACCCUUUGCAGUUAUGAACCAGAAUUACAUCCAGGAGCUACUUACAAAUUUAAGGAAGUAAAGGCCACCCUUAAAAUAUUUCAAACAGGAGCAAUAACUAUCACCGCACCUAAUAUUUUGUCGGUUCAACAUGCCGUUGAACAUAUAUACCCUUUAGUUUACGAAUUUAAGAAAGAUAAACCACCAAUUCAUGGGGUACAUCCAUUGAUACAUUAACACAAACAAAAACAAAAACAAAAAAACAAGAGAAAAAAAAGACAAAAGUGAAAAUUAAUUGGAAGGCUUUCUGAUUUCAUUGUUUUCCGACUAAACUUAUUUAAAGUUUUAUUUUAUCAUUAUUACUGGACCAUUAAGACUCUUUUUUUUGAUUGAGCUUUUUUUUCUUGUCAACUGUUGGAAAUGGAUGGAAAAAGAUGAAUAAGAAAGGAGAAGGAAGAAGAAGAAAGAAGAAGUGACUAUGUGGAGAAGCGAAUUUAAGAAAUGAUAGAGAAAUAUGAUUCCAGGGUUAACACCUGAUUGUCAGAUUCGCUCAUUGGGAAGAAAGAGGCGGUGGUGGAGAGGAUAAGAGAAAGAGAACUUUUUUGUGAACCAACUUACCAUCAUUAUUCUGGACCAUUUGGAUUCUUAACUACGACUGAGCUUCUCUCUUGGUGUUAAUUGUUUAUCAACUUGGAACAUAAAUUGCUGAUCUACUACUAAUAAUCAAACCUGAUCUGGUUUCCAUUGGAUCGACAUAAAUCAAGAGAUCCCAUGACAAGCUGAUUUCCUUUACUUGGUGUCUCUCUCCCUCUCUUGCUCUCUCUCUCUCUUCUCUCUUUCUCCUUCUCUCUUCCAUUUCUGUUCCUUGUUUUGUUUUUUCCAAAGAGAAAAAAGUUUUCUCUCUUUUUCUCGAACUUCUUCUCUAUGAACACACAUGACCGACCAGCUUCAAGGCGUGUUAAUCGAUAUGUUGAACAUAUUUAAAUCAAUUGUGGCCUAACGAUAACGGAAACAUCGAGGAGAGAAACAGACACCAGGAUUUUGUGAUAAUCUCUUUCAGUCCUGACAAACAAACACACACACACACACUCUUCUAGUUGUACUUAACUCUGAUUCUACAAACAUUUCAACAAGAAAAAGGAAAAAGAAACAACAAUAACGAGUGAUUUAUAAAUAGAAUCAAAAUGCAAAUGAAAUUGAUGAAAAAAAUAAACCAUAAAUUAUCUUCCAA